AAUAACAGAUCGACCAAAUAUCUGCAAAGUGAACACACUCACUAUAACAUUGGUGUUCAACACAGUAGUGCGCUACUUGAUUAGCAUUCUCGAACCUGACAUCGAUCUUGACACGGGAAUACCACAAUCGCAUUUGCUGCGCGAGCAUCUAGAAAGUCAAGAAGUAGCACACAAUGGCCACCACAAGGUCACGCUCCCCGUCAGGAUUCCCUGACCCAACACCGAUCAAUCUGAGUCGACUGUUAUCCAGACUGGCGCACACUGUUCUUGUCGAACCGUCACCACAGCUCAGGAAGUCGCCUUACGAGCGAGCACGCGUUAGUGCUAACAUCGAACAUGCACGCACUCUUCUCCUCAAUCUCGAACAUUCAGCCUCCACACUACCUUCCAAAUCGAAGAAGUCGGCGCUGCAAGCAGAUUUGCAGCAGAAGCGUGAAACGAUCAAGCAGUUGAACCAACGGAUAUACGAGCUUAAUCAGCUAGAUGAUACAGAGUCAGAAGCUUCGGUAGAUUCGGAUGACGAGAAUGAGGAUCAAUUCCCCUCGUACGCACCAAGAGUCAAGACAAACGACGGCAUUGACAUCACGUCAAAAGACGAAGGGGCAAACCAGACACUCCAGAACGCUGCGAAAAACUUGACUUCGCAGAUGCGUCGGAGGGGCCAAGCAGUGGAAGCAGAGGGGACACAGGCAGCAUCAGGGACCUCGCUGUUUCCAUCCAAGGCGACCACAACGACGGGCAAUCCUUCGUUGGCACAAACGGAAGCGCUCUUGUCGCACGACCGCAACGAGCAGGAGAACCUCACAGAAAGUCUCUUGAAGAUGGCGAAGCAGCUCAAGGCACAAUCAAUAUAUUUCAGCAACACUCUGGAGAGCGAUAAAGGCGUUGUGGACCGGGCAGUGUCAGGAUUGGACAAGAAUCAGAUCAAUAUGGAUGCCGCCAGCCAGAGAAUGGGCACACUCAGGCGCAUGACAGAAGGCAAGGGCUGGUGGGAUCGCAUGAAGCUUUAUGCCAUGAUCGGCGGGCUUUGGUUGCUGGCAUUUGUCAUUGUCUUCGUGGGACCCAAGAUACGGUUCUGAUCUUGCAGCAACAUGACUCCGCCUCGGUGUUUCUACAGCAAUUCACCCGAACACAUCAUUCAGUCAAUAUCAACUUUUCCUCUUGCG